AGGUUUUUCUAAGUAAUUGUUACGACGAAGUAUUAUUUACACUGUGUAAUUUAUUUUGAUAAAGCUGCUUUGUACAAUUAUAAAUUAUUCUGUCUACAAUCAGGAACCGGAGUAACAAAAUUUGAAAAUACAAUACACUUAAGAGGAUGCCAUAGAUAGUCUCUCUGACAUUGCAUCCAGUGAGAAACCAUGGUUAUCUGCAACAAUGUGGUGAUCCCUGUGGUGAUGUGGGGCCAGCAUGCCCCAACCCACUGUAUCUCGGCCAUCUGGCUGUCCCCUGACAUGCGCAGCAUUGUGACGGCUUGCAACGACGCUCAGCUCUGUGUGUGGGAUCUCACAGCAGCAUGGAAGGUGUACCCACGCCACAUGUUGUUUGGCCACACUGCAGCCAUCUCAUGUAUAGCCCCUGGCUCCAACCAGCCUGGAAACUCUCUCCUUGUCAGCGCAGCAGAAAAUGGAGAGAUGUGUCUAUGGGACAUAACUGCAGGGAGGUGCAUUGAGACAACAAAGCUGUCAUAUACUCACACUUCCAUGCAGGCAUACCAGUUCCGCAACUACAAGGAUGUGAAGCUGGUAUGUAACGGCUACUACGCAGAGAUUGUUCUCAUCAACCCGCUCACCCUCGAGGUCACCCACACCCUGACCUCCCGCGUCUCGCCUGACUGGAUCAGCGCCUGCUGUGUGCUGAGACCCGCAAAACGAGAAGAUGAUGUCGUAGUGGCCAUUUCAAACUCUGGAGCUGUCAAGGUCUGGGUACUGAGUGGGAUUGAAGCCAGGAACAAGCCAAUUAAUGAAGACGAGUCAAAGCAGAUCCGCUGCCUGAACGCCCAGACGCUGUCUUGCUGUCCCUACAACCAGCGAACUGUCCUUAUUGUGUGCUCCAAAUACUGGCAGAUUUAUGAUGCGGGUGACUUCACGCUGCUAUGUUCCGAGUCCAACCGGUGUGGGGAGCGGUGGGCAGGGGGAGACUUCCUCAGUGUGGACCGGGUGGUGGUCUGGAGUAAUGAGGGCAAGGCCUACAUGUACAAGCUGCCCACCAAUUUGCUCCGUGGGAAAGUGCUGCAGAGUGCCAACUCUGAAAGUGAGGGGUACCACAACAGAGCCCCGUCGGCGCCCCAUGCUUACUAUGUGCUGGAGGUGAACUCUGACAAGACUUUGGCGUGUGCCCCAGCCAUGUUGCUGCACGUGGACACGACACAUGAGGGUCAGAAAACCAGCCUGCUACUGCGGGGGGACUCGGAGGGUCAGGUGGCCGUGUGGAAACUGCCAGACGUCUCUGAGAGACAGAUGACUCUGGUGCGACAGGAGAGCUUUGACAGGCUGCCAGUGUUGAGACCCAAGUGCACACGCAGUUUGCAGCAAGUCUGGGACUCAAUCAAGCCAGCUCCUGUUGGAAUAUUGGAUGGAUUUAAAGAGGUGUUAGACGGAGCAGAGAUCACAGCCUCUGUGUACAUCCCCUCCCAGGGACGCCUAGUGUGUGGACGCACUAACGGAUCUCUCAUGAUCCUGCCUGCGACCCAGUGUAUAGCUCUACAGCUGCUUGCUAGUCAGACCCUCUCUCAUGACAAAAUAAAGUUACUUCGCUUGGAAGGCCAUGAUGGUAAAGUUAACUGUCUACUGUACCCAUUCAACGAGAGCACCCGCUAUGACCCACGUCAUCUGCUGUCAGGUGGCGCUGACUUCUCUGUGAUUCUGUGGGACAUCCAGGACGGCAUCAAUCUGCACAGGUUCACUGUGCAUGGAGGGGAGAUCAGUCAGCUCAUUGUGCCUCCUGGGAACUGCAAUGUGAGGAUCCUGACAUGUGUCUGCUCGGUGGCUGCAGACCACUCUGUGUCCCUGCUGAGUGUCAAGGAGAGGAAGUGUGUGAUGCUCGCCUCGAGGCACCUGUUUCCUGUGCAGUGUAUCCGAUGGCGACCUCUCGAUGACUUCAUGGUGGUCAGCUGCUCGGACGGGACAGUGUAUGUCUGGCAGAUGGAGACAGGUCACUUGGAUCGUGUGGUUCACGGUCUCACAGCUGAAGAGAUCCUCAACAACUGUGAUGAGAACGCAGUGCCCGUGUUUGAGCAGCUUACCAAUCCCAAUCUGACACUCGCGCAGGCUUUCAAGCGACGCAACCUUGCCACCUUCAAGAACCUCGCACAACAAAAACUGCAGGCCCUGAGCCAGAACCAGCCCUCGUCAGGGGCCAAAGUGGACCUGUCCAGUCCCCAGGACUAUCCCAUGUACAUAGAGGGCAUACGCACCAACACCCUUGACCCCGAGGCUCAUGUGAUUUUCUUUGAUACUGAGGCUUUAAUUGUGCAAUUACUUACCAAUGAGUUUGCGACAAUGUCCCCCGAAGAGUUGGAGGCAAAGGGUUUGACCUCACUGGUGACCCUUUCUCGUCGACCCUCAACUGAUGGCAGUGGUUCCCCGCCCACCAUUGCUGGAAUCUUAGCCAAGGUGAAGGAAUCAGCUGAAAAGCUACAGGUCAGUGUUGACCCUCAUGGUGGCUUCAGCCCCAUCAACCAGCCACCGGGGAUGUUCAAGUCCGCUGCAGCCCCGUCCCCAGUUGAGUCGCCCAUGCUGCAGCCCCGGGGGCGUGUCCGGACUGACCCCCAGGUGUUCAAGAGUAACAACCUGAUCAUGGAGAUAGCCCAGCUGUUCAUGUCGAUGCUGCAUGCCUGGGGGUUGGACCCCGACCUAGACAAGCUGUGCCUCAACAAGCUGGGAAUCCUCAGGCCCCGAUGUCCCAUCUCGUUUGGGAUGAUCUCAAGGGAGGGUCACAUGGCACUCAUGUUGCCAGGCUGGGAGCAUGCAGUGAUAGAGCCUGGGCUGGUGGAGACGGGUGAGAGAGACGGGCCGUCCACAGUGGUGGACCAGACGAGGGCAUUCUCCAUAUCAGACCAUGAAGAUGAUGGUACUGAUGGAAAUCAAGCCUCCACGUUCAUCAGUUCUGAGCCCAGUACAGCUCCUAGCCCUGGGGAGGACCCUGCAGUGGUGCUGUACACCAUAAAGGCCCACUGGCAGAUCUCCCACGAGGUCACUACCCAACACCUGAUGAGUGUCAUAUCAGUGGCUAAUACCCUUAUGAGCAUGAACCACGCCACGUUCAAAACUCAGAGACCAGACAAACGGAGGAGCAGGAUCCGCUCCCUGCAGAGUAUGAUGGCCAGUGAGGCAGAGGUGGGUGGGGCAAGCACGGGCAGUGAGGAUGAGUCAGCAGAAUUACAGGCUGUGCUCAACCAGGCUCAGUUCAAACAAGGCUGGAGCCUGCUGGCUGCCCACCACUGUGUACUGCUACCAGAGCUUGUACAGCAGGACAACUAUCGCUCCCCUCAACUGGAGAUGCUCGCUAGGCGAUGGCAGGACAGGUGCCUUGAGAUACGUGAGGCUGCGCAAGCCCUACUGCUGGCAGAGUUAAGAAGGAUUGGGCCGGAGGGUCGCAAAGCGGUGGUGGAUGAGUGGGCGCCCUACCUGCCCACCUACGUGGACCCCCAGCUGAGCAUCCUGUCCCCGGACAGCCAGGCCAGCACGCAGGGGGAGGAGGGGGAGGAGGAGGCCGACAGUGAGCAGCUUCUGGGAGACCCCACUGAUGAGAUAGGGGCACCCAAAGGAGAUUCCCCAGUACACAAGAUGUCGCGCUCAUUUGAGAGCCGUAGGAAGCAGGCUACAGCCAUCGUGAUGUUAGCAGUUCUGGGGGCAGAGUUUGGGGCGGAGAUUCUGCCUGCAAGGCGGGGCUUUGACGACGGGAAGAAGGGAAGGAAAACACUGGAAGGAUUCACCAGUGCAAACUACAUGCUGGCGCAGCAUACCAGUAAGGCCCUAACAUUCCUUCUUCAGCAGCCUCCGUCCCGUAAACUGCCUGCCCACACACCAAUCAGGAGAGCAGCUAUUGAUCUGAUUGGUCGGGGCUUUCCUGUCUGGGAGCCAUACCUGGAUGUGUCCGCUGUUCUGAUUGGUCUCCUGGAGCUGUGUGUUGGAGCUGACAGACUGGUUCCAAGUGUAACGUUUGGUCUGCCACUGAGCCCAGCAGCAGACGCCUGUAGAACGGCCCGGCAUGCUCUGUCGCUCAUAGCAACAGCACGACCAGCAACCUUCAUCAUCAUCAUGGCCAAGGAGGUCACAAGACACAAUGCAAUGGCUGCCAGUGCCCAGUCACACCAACAUUCCAACAUCCACAACUCAGUGCUGGUGAGAUCCAAGGCUGAGAUCCUGCGAGUCAUAGAGCUGCUGGUGGACAAGAUGCCAACAGAUGUCGCUGAGCAGAUAGUGGAGGCAAUGGAGAUCAUCAUUCACUGUCUGGACGUGGGCCAGCUGAAGACCAAGGGUCUGCAAGAACUCUUCCCUGCCAUCUGCAGGUUUAGCAUGGUCGCAUGCUGCAGUCAGACCCGGCGUAUCUGGGUUGGCAGUCGUAAUGGGAGCCUUGCCUUUUACGAGCUGAAGCAGAAUGGCAAGUGUCAGGUGAUCACAGCCCACGAUGGCCCAGUGAUAGCUGUAUCAGUGUCGCCUGACGGAAAGUUCCUGGCCACCUACUCACAUGUUGACCAUAAACUGAAGUUUUGGCAGACGUCGUCCUCCUCGCUGUUUGGUCUCGGUUCCCAGCACACAAAGUGUGUGCGUCAGAUUGCUACCCAGCCUAUCAAUGUACAGUCACACACCAACCUGCUCAAACUGGUACGCCUCGUGUGGACUGACAUCAGAAUGGUUGUGGUGCUCACAGCAGACGGGAAUGAGUACAAGUACUAUGUGUAGAAUGGCAGGAGUGUAGACUGACGUAUGUAUGGACUGACAUAUAUGAAGACUGAUAUACGUGUAGACUGACAUGUGUAGACUCACAUACGUUUAGACUGACAUGUGUUUACUGACAUACAUGUAGACUGGCAUAUGUGUAGGCUGACAUGUUUAGACUCACAUACGUUUAGACUGACAUGUGUUUACUGACAUACAUGUAGACUGGCAUAUGUGUAGGCUGACAUGUUUAGACUCACAUACGUUUAGACUGACAUGUGUAGACUGCACAUGUAGACUGGCAUAUGUGUAGGCUGACAUAUGUGCAGACCUACAUAUGUGUGGACUGACAUACAAACAUGUAGACUGACAUUUUGUGUUUAUAUUACUGUUAGAAAUUGAAAUUUACCCAAUUUUCGUGAGCCUCGUUCAGGGAAAACCAGGUUUAACGCAUGUGUGUAAAAUGUCACUUACGAUUAACCUGUACAGUCUUAGAUGACACUUUCCCAAUCUGGACUUUUGCUCUGAAAAGACGUCCUUUAAAUAAGAAAACACUAGGGGAAACUGUCAUCCCUGAUUAACAUGUUCAGACUGCACAGGCUAAUCACAGAUAACACUUAACCCACAUGAAUCGAGGAAAGUUUUUCCAUAACAAGUUUCAUAUAUAUUUUGUACAUGUAAACGGCAGAUGGAUGGCAAUAUUUAUAAGUACAUAUGUAUUAUCAUUGUGUAGGCUGAUAUCGGGUUGUAGAUAUUAUUGCAGUCAAGAAAAAUAGACAUGUUUGUGUUCAUCUUAUUUACUUAUUUAAUCUAGUCCAAGUAGUUUUAGCAUUUGUGAAUAAACAAUAAUUAAACAUUCCAAGCCUGAAUAUUAUGGAAAUAUUGUUUGGUUCAAGUUAUACAAAUCUGUUUUUGAUGUAUGUAUUAGUUAGAUAGAGAUACAUAAUUUGUAUGUAUGUCUGUAUGUUUAUAAUCUUUGUUGAGUUCCCAUAUUUAUUAAGUCAUAUUGAACAACCGUAUAAUGUCUGUAUUAGAUAUGUAAACUUGGAAGUAAACUCAAAUGAGGGUUUUGGAAAAGAUUUUAAAUGUUUAAGAAAAAUGUAUUUCCUUAAUGAUGUAAUUGUUACAACAGUAUGUUGAUGUUAUGUUGAUGUUGAUGUGUUCACAAGGGUAUAUGUUUUUAUGCCCCCUUUCGAAGAAAAGGGGGCAUAUAGUGAUCGGACUGUCCGUCUGUCUGUCUGUCCGUCUUUCCGUCACACUUUGCGUUUAGGUUUCGAAAAAAUGCUCAUAAAUUCUAUUUCCCUUGAGAUAUAACCCUGUUAUUUGGUAUGCAUGUGUAUAUGGAAAAGGCCUUUCCAUACGCACACAUUUUUAUACCCCUGUGACCUUGACCUUGAACUUAGGGUCCGCGUUAAGGUUUCGAAAAAUGCUCAUAACUUCUAUGUCCCUUGAUAUAUAACCUUCAUAUUUAGUAUGCAUGUGUAUAUGGACAAGGCCGUUCCUUACGCACAAAAAUUUUGACCCAUGUGACCUUGACCUUGAAGUUAGGGUCCGUGUUUAGGUUUCGAAAUCUGCGUUUAGGUUUUGAAAAAUGCUCAUAACUUCUAUGUCCCUUGAGAUAUAACCUUCAUAUUUGGUAUGCAUGUGUAUACGGACAAGGCCUUUCCAUACGCACACAAAUUUUGACCCAUGUGAGCUUGACCUUGAACUUAGGGUCCGUGUUUAGGUUUCGAAAUCUGCGUUUAGGUUUCGAAAAAAGCUCAUAACUUCUAUCAAGCAUUUAUAGGGGGCAUAAGUCAUCCUGUAGUGACAUGUCUUGUUUUUGUCUUUUUCACAUGUGUCAGACAUUUUUUUAUUAGUCAGAUGUUAUUAUGUUCUUCUCUAGAAUAAAUUGUUUGGGAGUCAUGCUUGGUCCCUAUUAAUUAAAAAUGGGAUUAUUUGCAAAAAUACAGGGUAUAAACUAUUUUCUGUAUAUUGUUGUGAAAAGUAUUUCAGUUAUCUGUUUAAUGUAAUAUUGGCUUAGCCAUAUUUAGACCCAAAAUUAAGGCAAAAAUAUGAGCUUUAUGUAACAAAAAUAUAUGUUUUUCUAUUCUACUGUUUCAUUUGGAUUCAUCGUGAAAUUAUUAGGUGAUAAAAUAUUUACACACAAAUAGGAAAAAGCAUUAACAUUCAUACAUGUUUCCAGAGCCAUGUAUAUACGAUAUAUAAUUGCACAAAUUAUAAUCAAAUUGUGCAUGUACAGUGACCGUCUGACAAUACCACUUAGUCAACUUCUAAAAGUGAAAGUAAUAAGAAGUCAGACUGACACUGUUGUUAUUGUUGUUACCUUUGGGCCCUGAAUGUUUCUUGAAGA